GAUUGGCCGUCGGGGUGACGUGCGUGUGUGACGUUUCAUCAAAACAAAGCACAGUCGCUGCGGCUCGUCGAGCAUUUUAUCACGGUGGUUCGUCACGAGUGCGUUGCCUCUGCGCCGACGGAGCUCGCGUAAAGUGUCAGUUGAUCCAUCGUAAGUGCCGCGCCGGAUUACAGUGAACACGAGCGUGUUCGGCCGUCACGAUGUCGUCCACAGUGAAGUAUACUUCCGACGAGAGCUUAGGCGAGUCUUGGGUGGAAUUGAAUCCCGUACCGGACAGGGUGACACCGUUACCAUUCAGCAGCGGCGGGGAGGAAUACCUGCGACUCCUAAGGGAGGCGCAAAGGGAUUCCACACAAUCGUCCGCCAGGCAUUCCUUGGCGUCUUCCCGCCGGGAUACACCGAGAGAUAGCCCGAAGAGCCCUCCGAACAGCCCGAACACGGAACUGUCGACCGAAGACGAGCUGAAGGGGGUCUAUAUAAAUUACAGCUGCAAUAAGGAGCCGGAGCUUUUGGAUAAGAACACCGACUGGAUCUACGAGUGGAGUUCGCGUCCGGACCAAGUACCGCCAAAAGAUUGGAAAUUUAAGCAUCCUCUUGGAAUGAACAAGAGGAAAUCCUAUAGCAUUCGUACUACAAAAGUGGGCAAGAUUGGAUUGUUCUCCAAAGAGGUCCUCUAUACUCUUUUCAUUACAAACAUUCUAUCUGUAUUGGUCGGCGCUGGCUUGGGAGUCUGGUUGACCAGGCGAGGAUCGUUAACGUCCAGCGUGACCAUUGAGUGAAGAAGUCCACUAACCAGGACCGCGAACGCCAGGAUUGUUGCGUUUGAAUUUGCAAGGAAACGCGGUAAAGGGAUGGUCCAUAUUGAGCUGCAAGAAAGACUGAAGAGCCAUGAGGGUCGAUUGAGCCUAAAGGAUAUAACAAAAAAAAAAAAAA